GGCUGCGCGACAACCGGCGGCGGCGACGGCGGUGGUGGCGAGCAGGGAGGUGGAAACGUGUCAGGGGUGGCGUUCGAGGAAUCCAAGGGAGAGACGGCAGUCUAGGGUCUUCGGGAAGAAGGGGAAAGCGCAGGAGCGAGAGAGGGCGAAGCGGCUGAGAGGCAAGGUGGUGAAGAUCUUCAACUCGCUGCAUCGAUUGUCUCUCGAAAGACUGUUGUUUUGGAAAAAAAAAAUGGCUACGCUUUUGACGCGAAACUAUUUUCCAUUACGAGUGAAACGCGACUCUAAUCGACAGCAAUCCGGUCGAGUUUACACGUGGUGCAAAGAUAUUGGGUGGUCGCUUGGAUGGAAGGGAAUCCUCAAGAACACUCUGGGUGUGCUGGUGGGUGCGGGUGCAACAUGCGGGGCACUUUUAUACUUCCUGGACCGGUCAGUCCGAGCCGGGGAAUACAUCGUACACCCGCCAAGGUAUCCCUGGGACUUCGAAGGUUAUCUCACAUCCCUGGACCAUUCGGCCGUGCGACGAGGCUGGCAAGUCUACAGGACCGUGUGCUCCACGUGUCACAGCUUACGCUACGUACGAUUCAUGGAUUUGAUCAACGUGACGCAUACGGAGGACGAGGUCAAGGCCAUCGCCGCCGAGUACGAGAUUGAAGAUGGACCAAAUGAAGAGGGAGACUAUUAUACGAGAUCUGGAAGAUUGUCCGACUUAUUGCCACAGCCUUAUCCGAAUGAAGAAGCAGCUAGAGCGGCCAACUUCGGCGCUUAUCCACCGGAUUUGACCUACUUUAUUUUCAGCAAAUGGAACGGUAGAAAUUAUUUGUUUUCCGUGCUCACAGGAUUUAUGGACCCUCCAGCAGGUGUAUCUUUGAGCGAUCAGCAAUAUUUCAAUGCCUAUUUUCCCGGAAAUGUAAUCGGGAUGGGACAGAAUCUGAUCGAUGGAGCGGUGGACUAUGACGACGGUACCUCGGCGACGACGUCGCAAAUGGCCAAAGAUCUAGUUCAAUUUUUAAGCUGGACAUCCUCGCAAAAUUUUGACGCACGCAAACAGAUGUUUAUCAGAAUGGUGGGAGCCUGGUUUAUAUUGUGGGCUUCAGUUGUUCACUAUAUGAGGUCCACUUGGUCGGUAUUGAGGACCAGACAAAUCGCAUAUAUACCCAAGGAAAAAUGAAGAAAUAUUAAGAAAUAUUCUAAGCAACAUAUCUGUCUCGAAUUGAAAUGAAAAAAAAAUUAUUUAUUGAUAUAGAAAAAAAAAUAGGUAAGUAGAAUCCAUUUCAAUUUUUUAUCCAAAGUGAUAAAGAUUUGAAAUUAAUUAAUAACAAUAUAAUACCAAAUAUUUCUCAGAUUCAAGUUGAUCGAACCUUUGGCUGAUAAAAAGAUCAUAAUAAAUAUCAUAUAAUAUACGUGAUAAAAAACAUAAACUACGGAUGUAGAUUAAAAUCAUCUUUCCAGUCAUCUGAUCUACGUUUGGGUAUAUAUAACUAGUAAAUGCGAGGA